AUGGCUGCUGAUAGAGAGGUUCAAAUGGAGGGACUCCUACCAGAAGAAGCUUGGGAGUUGUUUCAGGAACAAGUGAGUAGCAUCAAUGUGGACUCUCCAGAUAUCCAGCCAUAUGCUCAAGAUAUAGUUCAGAAGUGUGGUGGUUUGCCAUUGCUGAUUAUUGUUACUGGAAGGGCGCUAUCUAAGGUGAAUGAUGCUUUAUCCUGGAUGCAUGCAUCGAGGGAAUUUUCACAGUGCAGUGCACAUGGAAUGUAUGGUUUUGAAUCUCUAGUCUUACAAUUGAAAUUCAGUUAUGACAGAUUGGAGGGUCCUGAAUUGAAGUGUUGCUUCCUUUAUUAUGCCUUAUUUCCAGAAGAUUGGCAGGUCAGCAUAUUUGAAUUGGUAGAAUACUGGAUUGAAGAAGGUUUGAUUAGUGGAAAUUGUACUGAUAUAUAUAUGAGGGGAUGUGAUAUAGUUGGUGCUCUUGUAGGAGCCUCUCUUUUACAGAGCUCAGAAAGUGGUCGUUCCAUCAAAAUGCAUGAUCUGAUUAGGGAUUUAGCAGUCGGUAUCUUGUCAUUGGAAGGGGAGGGUUAUCAAUUUCUGUUUAGAAGUUAUUCCAAAAUGGCACAGCAUUCAGACAUGGGAAAUAGUUCAUCAUACAGAUUACUUGAAAGUUUUCGAAGCAAUAGACGGUCAAUUCUUCAUGGUCGUCAGUUCUUAUUAAGGGCUGGUGUAGGUCUAACUGAACCACCUGUAAAGGAUGAAUGGGAAGAAGCCAAGAUGAUGUUUUUGAUGGACAAUAAGUUAUCCAAGCUACCUCAGAGACCAAGUUGCCUCAAACUUUUGGCAUUGUUCCUCCAAAGAAAUCAUCACCUAAGAGUGAUACCUUCGCUGUUUUUUGAUUCAAUGCCUUGCCUUACAGUUUUGAACUUAUCCAAGACAAGGAUCAAAUCCUUGCCAAAGUCACUUUUUAUGCUUAUGAGCCUUGAGGUACUUAUUCUACGCAAUUGUGAACGCCUGGCUCAGCUUCCAUCUGAGAUUGGAUCUCUGAGACGACUAGAGGUGCUUGAUGUCCAAGGAACAGAGAUUGAAAAAUUACCUUAUGAGAUUUCUGACCUGGUUUCACUGAGGCACUUAAAAAGAGAUGAAAGGUGGGAUAGGAAUGUGAAUUCUGUCAUAAAUGAGGUGGGUAACUUGAAAAAGUUAAUUGCCUUUUGUUGUUGUUUCCCAGAAGUACAGUUUUUUGAACGCUUUCUUGAAAAAAGCCUAUCAUGGAAAAUUCGAGGUUUAACUGAUUUCAAAUUUGUAGUUGGCCAUGAUGUUAAACGCUUCUCAUAUCUGGUUGGGGACAAUCUGGAGUUUGAAUAUGUCCAAUGGGGUCUGUGCAUGAGAUUUGUAAAUGGUGAGAUGAUUCCAGAUGCGGUUCUGAAAAUAUUAACUUGUUCUACUGCAUUCUAUCUGGAUCAUCAUAUCAAAGUCUGCAGCCUAACAGAGUUCGGGAUCAGUAAUCUCAAUGGACUGAGAUUAUGUGUUGUGAGGGAUUGUCCCAAGAUUGAAACGGUUAUUGCUAGCAAGAACCCAUUUGAAGCUGUAUUUCCAGUUCUGGAGCACCUGAGCAUUUAUUAUCUGUCUAACCUUGGGAAGAUUUGGGAAGGAACGAUACCGCAGGGAAGCUUUAAUAAUCUAAGAAUAUUGACAGUGCAUACUUGCCCCAAAUUGCAAUUUGUUUUUGCAAGCUCCAUGCUCCAGUUUUUCUCCAACUUAGAGGAGCUGAUAGUCGAACAUUGUCCAGCCAUUACGGAGAUUAUAUUUCAGGACCAUAUGGUUGAUUCUGGUAGUGGCACACUCCCUAGAUUGAAAACAUUAAAACUUCACUAUCUACCUGAAUUGGUUAACAUUAUGCAAGGUGCAUGGCCCCCAUUAGAAAACAUUAGCUUCUACAAUUGCCCUGUAUUGAAGAAGCUUGGCAUUGACUCCAAUUCAAGUCAUACCAUAAAAGAGAUUAAAGCAGAAAAUGAUUGGUGGGAAAAAUUAGAGUGGCAAGAUGCUUCAUUACACUCACGUCUUCAAGCUUAUUUCACCUCUGUUUCUGACAAUGAUUUAUAA